CAAAUUAGUUUAUGAUUUUACAAAUGAAGCACCAAAACAUAAUGUUAGACAACAAAUUUGGCAGAAAAAGUAGUUCAAUACGCGGUAAUGCUAUGUAGUAAUUACUGUAUUUAUGAAUUUAGCACCAAAAUAUCACGAUAUAUUGAAAACAUUGACUACAAAAUGCGUUGGAUAAUCUAGAAUGUUGGAUAAGCGAGUGUUGGAUAAGUGAGACUCUACUGUAUACAUACAUAUGAUAUGCAUAGCCACACAGAGAAACAUACACACAAACUGUCAGGCUUAUGUACCCAUGGCAACAGGAUCUGCAGAAAUAUGAUUCAAUGUAUGGAAGGAAUUAUUUGUGUGUGGAUCCUUUUAAAAAGCAGUUUUAUAUGGUAAGAUUAACAGGCAAACAUCGUCAUUGUGUGAAAUUCGCAAAAAAAGAAUUGGUCUUUGGAGUUCUUCUUGCUUAAGGAAUUUUGUAUAUACAUCAACAGACAAUUCAGUGUUGGAUCAAGAAAAGAAAGUCCCAUUUCUGUCCUAUGCAGGGUAAAUAUGCAUAUGCAGGCAAGGGUUUUGCAUGAAUAUUUAUACUUCACAUGUUGGGACUGCGUUACAUUAGGAAUGGGGACACUUUGUCUCCUCUUUCUCCCAUCAGUUUGGCACCUGUCAAUUUGUAAUCUGUCUCAUCCAGCAUUGGGAAUUGUAGUUCACACCUUUUUUCAGACCAAAAGGUUCACCAUCCACUCAAUAGGCAAUCUCUUUAAGUAUUAUCUUAUGCAUCAACCUACAGCUUAUGAUUCACCUUGGGCUGGCUUCUGCCUCAAAGAGAACCAUAAUUCUGGAACAGUGUGGGAAAAACAAAGGCUAUAAAGACAUGGAUGUUUGUGGAUUUUGUCCAGAAGACAACUGCUGCCUCUUAGGGGGUCCAGAAAAAAUCGAGUCUAUAAUUAACGUGAAGGAAAUCUGGAAAAACCUUUGGGUGGAAGGGAUGGAUAUAAUAUUUUCCAGAGAUGCAGGAAGGUACCUCUGUGAUUAUGUCUACUAUACUUCCCUUUACUAUGGUAACAGAAGAGCGGUAUUUAUCCAUGUGCCUCCUCUGACCAAGUUGGUGACAGCAGAACUUCUGGGAAAUGUGCUACAGGCAAUCAUCUUGGAGAUGUUAAGGCAAUGCAAAUCAGAAAACACAAAGGGGAAAAAAACAACAACUAUGAGAGGUGAAAAGAAGAUGGUGGGACUGAAGCUACACAAGCGAGGAAAGGGAAAAAAGCACUACAAACAUAUAUUUUCUUUUUAUCUCCAGUCACAUCUAGCAGUUAUAUUUCAUUUCUUUGUUCUUUUUCAAACAAUCCCACCCCCUCCCACAUAAAAAAGAGAGAAUAAAUUCAUUAUUUCCA